UGUGGUCGGAUGGCGGACAGGACGGGCUGCAGCACCAAGAGGACAGAGCGAUAUUAGCUCCCAGUACAUCCCGCAGCAGUCGGCGGUGAGGGAGCAGCGGGCCCGGGCUCUGGGUCUCAGCCGCACGUCAGUCUGCAGCCGGGACUGCUCCGAGGACUGCUUCUCCGGCUGGCAGCAGAGACCGCCGAGUUCAACCUGAAGCUGGAUGCUGUUCCCUCCACACCUCCCGGCCCGACAGUCGGAGGAUCUGCUCCGGGGAGACAUGGAUCGGAAAGUGGCGUGCGUCCUGUGUCAGCGGUCCGAAGAGACCAGAGUGACCGGGAACCUACUGACGGAGGGUCACGUGACGGCGCAUCACAACUGCAUGUUAUAUGCUUCAGAUAUUUAUUGCAAGGACUCGCCUGAGUUUGGAGACCUGAGUGGUUUCCGUGCGGAGGACGUGCAGCAGGAAGCCAUCCGGGGAAGAAAACUGAUUUGUCACGGCUGUAAGAGCAGAGGAGCCACGGUGGGCUGCGAGGUGAUGCGCUGUAAGAAGUCCUACCAUUACCCCUGUGCCAUCGCAGACGGAGCCAAACGCAUCGACGAUGAAGAGGAGGGGAAAUACGGGAUAUUCUGUCCCAGCCACUCUUCGAAAGUUAAUAGUGGCUCCAUGAAGAGACACGACUCCCUGCCCUCCAGCUGCAGCUCCAAUGGAGGACAGCUGCCAAAGAGACCCCUGAGUCAGACCGACGUCGGGUGGGGAGACAGCCCGUCCAAACGGAGGCUGGAGGACUGGUUUCCCACCAUCUCGGACGACUCCAUGAACACAGAGGAGACGGAGCCGCGAGCAGACAUGGACAUGUACGCUCCGAUAGAGUCCGACACGGAGUCGGAAGAUCCAGAGCAGCAGAAUAUCAGCGAAGUGGUUGAAGACCCUGCCGGUCCCCCUCCAGGAGGUCAGCAGGAAGACGAGCGUCCGGAUGAGAACGGGGAGGAAGACGCGGCGGCCAUGUGCUCGCAGCAGGAGACGGACAUCGAGUCUGACGAGUCCCAGAGUCUGCUGCUGGUCCCGGUGGAGCUCUGCGUGGACACGCCGUCGUUCUCCGCGGACACGCCGUCGUCCUACGCGAACACGCCCUCGCCCUGGAUGAACACGCCAUCGCUCUGCGCGGACACGCCGCCGUCCAUCCCCAACACGCCGCUGCCGUUCCCGGCGUGUUUUGAACAGUCGACCACCGGCACACAAACCUGCUUGUUAAAGCAGGAGCCAGCGGAGAACCCAGCCGAAGAGUUCGGUCCUGUGCGGAGUGUUGGUCAACAGGAGGCUCUGUUCCGAAAGGCAAGAUCCAGUUCUCCCCCCGGUACUUUCCAAAAACCGGGUCCUCCUCUGCCCACGCCCCCCCGCCGGGCUCAUUCCGUCCCACCUCCACCGCCGUCGCCGCUGCCAGCGUCCGGUCCGGAGCCCGGCGUCAAGUCCAGCAGCUUCUGGAAGAGCUGCAACGCCACCGGGCGGACGCGGGCCAUCUUCGACGACUUCUUUCGUGAGAUGAGCGGCGUCGCCGAGAGGAUCCUGCUGGAGCAAGCCAGCGACGAGGAUUACGAUGUGGCUCUGUCCGUCUUGGCCGCUAUGGGGAAGCUGCCGGCGUACGUGUCCAAGCAGCAGGAAGAGUUACAGAGGAAGCAGCAGGAAGUGGGGAAGGCUUGUGCGGCCAUGUUGGACGUCGUCGCAGCGCUGAAGAAAAUCCCAUCUGCAGCAGGAGCCGGAGCUUCAGCCUCACUCUGAUUCCCUUUUUAUUGAUGAACGGCACAUUUCAGCCUCUUACUGUCUUUUCAGUUGUUGAACAUUUUUGAAAGCUUAUAUAUGUAUGUAUGUAUGUAUGUAUAAUUAAUUCAUGGUUUUGUAUUUUCCUUUCAUACAAAAAUCAGUUGACUGUAAAGUUUUUGUUUUUUUUCCUGCAGUUUUCUAAGUUGAGUUUCUCUUUUUGGUCCAGGUGUUCAGGAAUCUAGUUUUAUAAUUAGAAGGAAUGAAAGCCAUACAGUUUAUAGGUAAUUUAGAAAAAAUUUGGAUGACUUUGUCUAAAAAAGGAA